AUUAAUAACCCGCAUAUACGACGCGGGCCGUGUAUCAUAUAAUCCUAACGAGUUAGGGUAAGCUUUUCAGUAUCGUCGACGAAAAAGAAAAUUCCAAUGGGAAAGAAUUAUAGGAAGAGAAAUCUCGUAGAUGAGGAAAAACAGAAAGAUACUCUAUCCGAAGAUGAAGAGGAAAGGAGAUUUGUAUUGGAGGAGGUAAAAUUCCUUCAGAAGCAGCGGGAGAGGAAAUUAGGAAUCCCUGCGAUCUCGACCGUUCAAACAGUCGUCGGCGUAGUUACGAAGCCAAGCGAGAAGACUGAAGGAGGUGAUGGGGAGAAGGAUGAUUUGGUGUUGCAGGAUACAUUCGCUCAGGAGACUGCAGUUACAGUUGAAGAUCCUAAUAUGUUGAAGUAUGUUGAAUAAGAAUUGGCAAAGAAAGGAGCUAGUAUUGAUGCUACAGAUCAAAUUGAGAAUGAUUUAAAAAGUGCAGAGGAUGAAUUGUACGUCAUUCCAGAGUAUCUUAAGGUGAAGAGGAGGAACUCAGAAGAAAGUUCUACACAGUGGACUACUGGGAUUGCAGAAGUUCAACUCCCUAUUGAAUUUUCGCAUGCAUCCAUCUCGAUGACGAUGAUGCUUAUCUCAACAUAUGAGGACCAUCAGAUCAACAAAAAUGGCCUAACUGCUGCCAGACUAAAGAUUGGGCCAACUCAAUGGUCUGAUGGACAGUGAUCCGUAUAUCAAAUU